UGAGUGUAGUGUAUGUUCCUUGUUACAACAUCUAUAUAUAAUAACGGACUUUGUCGCAACGCAGUUGGAGAUUCUCACAUAGCAAUUUCAUCUUCUCGCCAAGAUCGCCAAUUUCAAAUUUCAUUUCUUCCAAUCCAAUACGAAAGACAGUAAACAAUGUCAGAUGGUAAUAAUGUUGAGGAUGUGAAAAAACAAGAACUUCAUGAUGAUUCUCCUAACAAUCAACUUCACCCAGUGGAUGAUCCCAAAGUGUCUGAUCAAGAUACAAAUACUGAAAUUUCAAUGCCCUCAUCUCAACAAGAGGAAGAUGCUGUAAGGAAAAAGUAUGGAGGGAGAUUGCCAAAGAAGCCUCCUCUCAUAUCCAAGGACCAUGAACGUGCUUAUUUCGAUUCUGCUGAUUGGGCUUUGGGAAAGCAAGGAGCACAAAAGCCUAAAGGACCACUUGAAGCACUCCGUCCAAAGUUGCAGCCAACACAUCAGCAGACCCGAUCAAGGCGCUCAUCUUAUGCUCCAGCAGAUGGUUCUGAAGUUGACGGUGAUAGUGAUCCUUCAUUAGAAGAUCCGAGUGCUGCUGAAGGUGUUCCCGGUGAUAAAAGUGAUGCUGCUCAAGACUAAAGCUGCGAUCCGUAGCCUACAGAUUUGAGCUAUAAACUGCAUUUCUCGACACAGUGCUGCUUUCUUCUCUGAAUUUGCAAGCAAAUGAUGACGCGUAAUAGAGUUGGUUAUGCUAAUAACUAGAAGUGGGAGUUUUUAAAGCGAUUGUAACCAUGAAUUUCAUGAUGUGCUAGGAUUGCACAGUGAGAGAUCUUGAAAUAUUGUGCCAGUUGUAACAUUUGAUGUCUCCCAAAAUAUAAUCAUCUAAAAUAAGAUUGGAUACUUAACAGUAAUAUGUUUGCAAUCAA